AUGGGCCUAUCUAAUUUGAUAUGGAUGCCCCUGGCUCUGGUAUUUGGAAAACGUCCUAUCGUGUUGAUAUCGAUGGCGAUGUUUUUGGGCGGUGUUAUCUGGAGUGCCGUUGCGAAAGACUACAACAGUCUACUCGCCUCUCGGGUCUUUGCUAGUUUUGGAUAUGGCUCGAUCGAAUCCCUUGGACCAAGUAUCCUUGCUGAUCUGUUCUACGAACGCAAUUACGCAAGCGCGAUGGCCAUAUACGCUGCAUUCUUAUCAGGUGGCUCUCAGAUCGGCCCUGUCAUUGCAGGUUAUUUGAUUCAAGCCAAAGGAUGGAGAUGGUUUUUCAUUCUUUGUGCCAUCAUCGCCGCUGUCAACUUCAUCACCACAAUCUUCCUCCUCCCCGAAACCCUGUACGAAGUCGAGCCGGAGCCUGUGGUCGUUGAUGAUAUAGAAAAGGAUGUGAGCAGCCAUGUCGAGACGGUUACUCGAAGCGACACUCGAACAGAGACCCGUGCUCAGAUGGAUUACACAAGCUACUGGGAGGGUCUUUGGUCUUUCCAAAUUUCCAAGGAAGCAAAGGAGAAAGGAGUCCUCAGGCACUUGGCGUACUUGUUCAUUCUUCCUUUUCCACUCCUUCUCAUCCCUGGGGUUCUGAUUGCCUCUGCCAUGUAUGGGGUUAUACUGGGAGCUGUUGUCAUUAUCUCCACCAUUGCACCCGACCUGUUCUCUCCGCCCCCGUACCUCUUCUCAUCUGCUGAACUCGGUCUUUUCACAUUCAGCAGCUUUGCAGGAAUUGUGAUCGCUGCCCCAAUCGCUGGACCUCUGACAGAUCAUCUAUCUCGCUGGUUACGUGUUCGCAAUAAUGGCAUUCACAAACCAGAGCAUCGCCUUCCAGCCUUGAUACUCCCUUUCCUUAUCUGCCCUGUGGGGUUGAUCGUUUUCGGAUACACUGUGGCAAACCACCAGCACUACGUUCGCCCUGCUGUUGGUGCGGCAAUCUGUGCUGCUGGACUUACCCUCGUUCCAUCGGUCAUGCUUUCCUACGUUGUCGACUCAUACCCGCGCACUAGUGGUGAGGCGUUGGUCCUUGUCAAUGCCUCGAAGAAUGUGGUUGCUUUCGGCCUUGCUAAAGGGUCAUAUUCUUGGAUGACAAUGGAGGGAGUCGAAAAGAUGUUUUAUGAAUUCGCGGGUAUUGAAUGGGCGAUUUUGUUCCUAGCCCUUCCACUGUAUAUAUUUGGACCCUAUGUGAGACGCCGGACUCAGGAGCUGUUCUAA